GGAUUGCAGACAAGGGUUGGGUUCGUUGGUUGCUGGGUGUGUGUUCUUCGACGGAUGCAGGCAAUCUUGGUAUUACUGUAGUGGGAUUUUCUAUCCAACAGGUCUGCAGCUUCUCCAUGCCCUACGAUUUACAAAGCAAAUUGCCGAUAGUUUCCUGGAGUUGUAAUACACCUGACUGAAAAAGUGUAGUGGGGAGAUUGUAAACACUCUGAAUGCAGAGUAAAGAAUGCUGCCUUGAACUAAAGGUGAAACAUCGGAGUUUUUAGUUAAGUCACUCUAAAGUUGAAGACUGGUGUGGUUUGGUAAUGUCAGUGGCUGUAGCCAUGAGGAUUUACUUUGCACAUCCAUCACCACCAUUAAGGAAUUUCUUGAGCUCCUAUGAAAUCAGAGAGGGAGGACUUGCAAAUACAAUAAAGCCACUAAGACCGUGUAUCAGCUCAAAAGGUGAACCAGAAUCUGACGGUGCUGAAUGGGAAAGUUCAAAAUGCAAAAACAAGAAAAAAGUCGUUUUUGCAGAUUCAAAAGGAUUAUCCCUAACAGCCAUCCAUGUAUUUUCUGAAUUUGAAGAAAACUCUGAGCUUGGUCUCCAGUUUGCUAUUGCUGACCUCGCAGAUUCACCAGCUGGCCUGAAAUUACAUGAUGAAAGGAACUUGAUGCUUGGGUUUUCUCAGCCUUCGGCAGAUUAUUUGGAGUUCAGAAAUCGUCUUCAGAGGAAUUUUGUCUGCCUUGAAAAUUGCACCCUUCAGGAAAAGUCAAUAGCAGGCACAGUGAAAGUGAAAAAUUUAAGUUUUGAAAAAACUGUUCAAGUCAGAAUAACUUUUGAUAGCUGGAAAAGCUACACAGAUGUUGACUGUACAUACAUGAAUAAUGUGUAUGGUGGUUCUGAUAGCGAUACUUUUUCAUUUGUCAUAGACCUUCCUGCUUUUGUUCCACCACAUGAACAUAUUGAAUUCUGCAUUAGUUUCACCUGCAAAGAUGGAGUACAUUGGGACAACAAUAAUGGCUGUAACUAUGUCAUAGUCCCUUCAGAGUGGAAAACUAAUGGUAUUCAGGCCCCUGUUUCACCAGUGCAUGAAAUGCCAUCCUACAAAAAGAGAGGUAAAUCAGAGCAAGUAGAUUUCGAUCGGUAUGGAAGUCCAAGAACAUCCAGUGGACUGUUUCCAGAAUGGCAAAGCUGGGACAGGAUUGAGAAUACUGCACCAUACUGGUGAACUUGUCACUUGCCAUUGCUACAGAAUGGGUAACAUUGACAAAUUAUACAGUUUAAAUUUGCUCAACUUUAUAUGGACUUGGUUCUCUAAAAAGAGUAUUGGGGUCAUGUGUCCCCCUUUCUUGGGUUGCAUAUCCUACGACUUUGAGGGAGAGUCAAACAAAACCAAAAAGCACCAGUAAAAGUGCAGUUGAAAAAAAACUAUUUGUAAUGCAACAUUUAUGCUGUGCAAUAUAAUGAAUUUUGAGCUUUUUGUUUUGUGCUCCUCCAGUAUGUUGCAGUAUUUGACUCGCAUUGUUUCCUUAAUAUGGACAGACUCGAGCCCGUCUGCAUGAUGAUGUAAGCUGUCCACAAACUAAGCAGUGCUAAAUAAGCACCCACUAGCUCUUAAGAUCCCUGUAGUAUGUGCUCUCAAAAUUUGAGGGCUGUCUGAGCAAUACAUUGUUAGGGCAUUUUUGAUAUAAAUUCUGCUUUUCAGUAACUGCAGAAUGCACCAGUGAUCCUUCCUAAAGGAGAAGGAAGCAUCUGCUCAACAGGGUGGAGUUUGGUCUCCAGUAUUUUAUGGAUUACUGUAAUGUGUUUACUGCAGUCAUGUCAGUUUUGAUGUGACAUGUUUGUAAUUUUGUGUUUUUUGUAGCAGAUUUCUGUAGAAAUGCCCACUUCAAUAGUUUUGUCCUAAGUCAGUGGUGAUAAAACUUAUCACUAAAAGGGUAUAAUGUCUGGCCCAGUCAACAAAUUGCCCUUUGAGUGAGGAGCACUUUAAUUGCUGGAAAAGCACUGCACCUUUUUUAGUCAAAGUAUGUUUGUGUGGCUCUUAACUACUUCAGGAGGCUGAGAACCUUUUGUAGUACUAAUGUAAUCUCAAGAUUCAUUUCUUUUGAUGUAUUAAUUGCCAGAAUCAUCUUGACUGUAACGAUGCUUUAAAAGGUUUUGGUACAAGAAAGCAGUACAGUUGUACACAUUGGAAAAAUGUUUCCAUCGUAUUUUAAUUACAUAAUGUUAUACAAUGUAAAGAUGGUUUGAGUUGCACCUUUUUUGGGCUUGAUGCAUCUAACAUUCAUAAUCUUGCUGGAAGUAAUUUUUUGCAUUCUUUUCGUUUGGAAGAUUUAAAUAUUUGCAAGUGUUUUGACAAGAUGAUUGUGACCUACUUCCCUGGCUUACAAGAAGCACUGGACUUUGAUUUCUGCACCCUCCCCACCCCACACAUGGCAUGUCAUUGUGCCUUUGCUACCAUCUCAGUGCUUUUCACGGAAUGUUGCACUGUGUUUCAUUUUUUGGAUUACUGUUACUUGACAAACUUGGUUUACUGGGGUAGGUCAAUGUAAAAAAAAAAAAAAAAUCUGGCAGAAUUCAAGGCCACAUAUUCUCCCAAUAACAUUUUUCUCUAUGGAGUUAGAGUAAAAUUCUAGACUUGUUUUACAGGUUUUCUAGGGAUCACAAAACCGCAUGAGUGGCCUAGAUGAGGGCAGACUGCUAAUUAAGCAGAAGCAAGGUUUGAUGACAAAUUGAUCUGAAGAUCUCUUGGCAGUCCUGGAUUGUAUACAUCUUUUGCAUUAUUUAACUUGGUGAUCCAUUUGCCUUCAUUUUUAAUAUUUGUUGGUAAAUGAACACGUCAAGAUUAAUCUUCAACCUUGGGCCUGUUUUAAAGCCACCCUUUAAAACCUCAAACUUGAAUUGGUCUGGACAGUGUUAAUGCUGCUUGGAGAUGGUGCACUAACUUAAAUCUGUGGCAAACUGGCAAUGUUUUAAGAGCUUCCAUUCUUAAUCUUAAUCCACCCCGAAUGUGUUGCUAUGUCUCUUGACUAUGUAGAAUCAUACACCAAACUGACUUCGAAAACUGUUCUGCUUUUGCUGUAGCAGCCUAUUAAAGGAUUUGCUGUCUUUCUGCUGUACUUGUCUGCUAGAGCAAUAGCAGCUCACUUUUUUUUUAUUGAAGAAUGUUAAACUUUAAGCAUUAAGUUGUCUGAACUUUUAUGUAAUUGGUGUGUCACAAUUUUGUCUUGGAUAUUGCCUUUUUAAAGUCUAUUUGUUUUGUAUUUAUUAAGUAUAUAUACAAAGUCCUUCAUAUUGAAGGUAUAUGGCUGUAGUGGUAUUCCACCCCCCCCCCACCAAAAAUAGAGAGAACCCCAGUGCCAGUUUUAUUUUGUCUAGUUUUGCACUGCCACACUUUUCAGAAAUUUGUAUUAAGUUUUCUGUGAGUUGAGCAUAGACGUUGCAGUCUGAGUUGUUACUAAUGGAUUUUCUUUUGACUCAGUUUUACUGAUCUGGGUAAAAUGUAGAGUAUGAGGAGUGAGUAACACUUCUCCCUUUGUACAGUGAAAUGAACUACAGAAUCCUCUAGAACAAUGUUGGCACUUUCCCAGUUUGGCUCGUAUCCUUACACACGCUGUAGCAAUCUUUACUGCAGGAAAGAUUUCUGACAGAGGUAUGUUGAAAUGUUUUGUGUGCACUUAGGCAGUUUUGCAUUUUAAAUGCCUUCAAAACUGUAAAUAAGAUGGUUGCAAACUUGGUAUUCAAAAUUGUUUUGAAGUGCAACGAAUGAUGAAUGUUGACGUAUUUCACAUCUAUUUUUCUACUGUAAUAAAUGUUAAUUUGUAAUGGAAAUGCACUUUGUAAAAUUUAAAAAUUGAAUUGCAGAAUAACCUGUAACUUUUUUAUAAAACAUUUAUGAAGAUUUUUUUUCCCAAAAUUUUCAAAAUGUAGCUAGCUGCUUCUGAAUUGGAAAAGUGUUGCUGUUUUUACUGCUGAAAAUAAAUAUAAAUUUUAACCAUAA